GAGAGAGAGACAGAAACAGCUUAUCUAAGCUAUCGUCACGACAACGGCUUCACCUUGUACAGAGCAGCCGGUAUCUACGUAGAGAGCAAAGAUCGCAAGCCGUUAUCGCGAACUGUGGAGCCAACGCCUUCUGGCCAGUCUCGGCUAGUCUUAGCAGUUGCGACCGGUUCUGCUUCAGGCUUCCUCAUUAUGGUCCCCAAAAGAACAUAUACAGCGUUGCUGCUAGUACUGCUUGCCAACAGUGUACGGUGCAACUUACUCGGUGGUUUCUUCUCUGGUAACGGCAGCCAAGUCCACGCUGAAGUUCACGGAACGAAUGACACCAUUCAGGCUAAUCUUCCAAUAACCACUCCGACACAUCUAUGUCAGCUUCACAGUUGCGGCUGCUACUCUGACGCCGUUCCGAAAACAAUCGACUGUUCCUACAAACACAUCCCUUCACUUAACCGGUUAGCCUUACCCAACCACGUCCUCGAAAUCAAUUUGGCGGGAAACGACCUCAAGAGCGUGUUGGACACUUAUUUCUACACGGCACCCGGCGUUCAUGUGCUCGACUUGUCCCACAACCACAUACAGUUCAUCGCAUUCACGGCCUUGCAGAUGUUUGGAGAACUGAACCAGCUCACGCUGUCUCACAAUCGUCUCGCGUCUCUCGAGGAAGAGGUCUUCUCUCAUCUCGGUAAGCUCCAGUCCCUCGACCUCAGCCACAAUAGGCUGACUACGUUGUAUCCUCGGAUCUUCGACCACCUCGGUAACCUCACCGAGUUGAACCUGGCCUACAACAGCCUCGUAGAAUUUAACGGCAACGCGCUCGCACCGCUCACCUCACUGAACAAGCUGAUCCUUCAGAGCACCGCUCUCAAGGAGCUCAGGCAGACGGACUUUGACGGCCUGACCAACCUCAAGUGGCUCGACCUCAGCGGAAACGGGUUUGAAGAGGUUCCGUUUAAUGGCCUCCACCGGCUGAGCCUGCUGCGUCACCUGGAUCUGAGCAGGAAUCCCAUCACGACCAUCAAACCUUACAGCUUUUACAACCUAACCUCUCUCAGGAGCCUCUUCCUGAAAUACAUGGUGGAUCUGACGACCAUUGAGGCCCACGCAUUCAGCGACGUCACGAGUCUCAAGAGCAUAGAUCUCAGCUUUUGUAAGAGGCUGUCAAGCAUCGACAGGAGGGCGUUCACCUACAACGGCUCUGACGCUAGAAUUGACCUGGACGAAUUUUACGUUCGCCAGACGGGGCUGAAGACCCUGCCCGCGAACCUUCUACGCUGGGAGUAUGUCACCAAAGUGGACUUUGCUGAAAAUGAUUGGAAGUGUGACUGCAAGCUCGAGUGGAUGCCGCAUGUCGUGAAAAGAGACGUCAUCGACGCCAAGCUGAGGUGUGGCAGCCCUAAGGAACUGGAGGGCCGUCUCGUCGCCAAGCUGAGCAGCGCCGACAUGCCGUGUGCCGAAAGCGUCGCCGUGGAGCAUCCUGGCUGGCAGGAGAUCAACAUCGCCAUGCGCGUCGCUCUCGGUCUCCUCAUCACCGUCACCGUCGUGCUGGCCAUCAUCAUCGCCACGCUCCUUUACUACAAGAUACGCGCCAAGCCGCACGUCUACCUCAGCCUGAAGCAGAGGCUCGGGUACAGCACCGAGGAGUAGCCUCUCGUCUGCCAGAGGACUACACUAGUGAGAACUCGUGUCUGAACAGUCGAGGCGGGAUCGAGCUUGCAGCUCCACUUCACUAUGGACUUCUGAGAAACGAUGAAUCUAACUGCGUUUCUGCGUCUCCUCAACAUUCAGAGAAGUCUUACUUUUGGCGCAAAAUCUAUGAUUUCCUGCCACGCUAGAGAUACGAAAAACGAAUGUUUUGUAGUCGGUUACACCAUAAGAAAAAAAAAAACAUGCCAGCUCCAACCACAGUCACCACUGUCUCUCUUACAAAGAAUAUGCAUGAGUGCUCCACCUAAUAGCGUGUACUGUUUAUUGUGACGUCAAGCACAUCAAGAGUGUUUCAGAUAGCUGAUUCUACCAGACAGACACAACUUCGUGCUGCUAUAUUUAGGUCGGAAACUUCAACGUCCUCGUAAACUUCACCAGAGAUAGAGAUGGCUGCUUAACAAAGCGCCAUGUGAGGUACUAACGAUGAAUUGUUCUUUGUCAAUAUGCGAAGUAUUUACAUCAGCCGAAAUAUAGUACUUGAGGUUGGAGUGAAAACCAGUGAACACGACUGUGUUUCACAGGUGAAUGGCUUGUAAGCUGUAGUUCUGCGGGCGGAGCGAACAUUGUCUUUCAGGUUGUAACCGAGCAUAAGAACGAAGUGCUUGCACCUUUCGUAUCUCUAUGUGUCUUUGUCAUCAUAUAUUUGGUGCUCAAAACCCAGAGAAUAUUGCUAGACAGCCCGAACCAACCCAUCGUUCAGGUGACUGUUCUAAGGGCCACGUGAUAAAAUGUGAAAUUAAAAAAAAUGACUACCACGGCCAGGUGGUGCAUCGCCGUGAGAUGAAUAACGCGUGAAAUGGCAGUGUCACGGAACACGAAUGUGCAGUAGAAUAGUUUUGAAUGAUUUUGCCUCAUUCGCGUUCGAGUGUGAAGCGACUAUUUCAAAUCGGAAACCCAAUGCUGAUUUUUGUUCCGAUAAGGUUUUCACUACGUCUCAUGUUCAUCAUAAAUCAUAAUUGUUCAUCAUAAAUGAACGGUUAAAACCGUAGACGUAGCAGUUCGCCGGACUUGUGUUGUCCACGUAAUUGUAACAAUAUUCUAAUAUUGUUAGAAUAUUACAGCUACUGGAGUAUAUUUUACAUAGUCCCGUCAAGGAUAACCUGGACGACAUCAAGAUAUUCAGAAAUCACACUUCAGCCUAUAAAUAAUGGAAGUUCUCACAACUUCAGCUUGUUUAACGCAAGGCCUGUUUCCUAACCCUUGCAAUCGUGGUUAGCUAACAGGCAGACAACACAGUAACACCUGCCUCUCUUAACUUUUUGCACUACAUUGGAUUGGAAUGUGUGGUUUAUUGCCUGUUUCCUGUUUCUUCUUUUGAUGUAUGACGUAUGUUAUGUAUUAGUUGCAAUGUUUCGUAGAAUGAAAAAAAACAACAGAAAUGAUGGUGCGUGGUUUUGGGACGUUAAACCUCAAAACAUUAUCAGAAAUGAUGGCGCAAGCACUAUUCAUAGCGUUUCAGCGGGAGUAAUUCGCAACUUUCUAUACAUGCCAUAAUGUGAGCCCCGUGCAUACAGAAAUGGGUGCCCGAUGCAUAUUGAUAACAGAUCGCUGGUAUGAGGCAUUAGUUGCAACCGUUUCUUCUUUUUAAAAAAUUGAAACACAUACAGGAAAAAUAUACUUCUUGCGACAUGGGACCCAAGCUUGCAGUGACACGUACUACCGCUUUAAGAUUAACAUCUUUAAACGAUGCUCAAGGAUGCACAAUCUAUCGGUGCUCUCACCUAUCUGCAUUUCGGCUGGUCAGCUAUUGCACACUUACACGAAUUCAACAGGUGAGUGGAGGCUGACGAAAUGGUGAGAUACUUGUUUUGAUUCUCCAUGAGAUUUGUUGACCAGUUCCUCAGAGGGAAUUAUGCUAAUACUACGUGUUAUGGACCAAUGACUGAUGGAGAAGACAGUUCUUUACCUCAGUCUGUGCCUGAACCAAAUAAUUUCGGUGUCAUUGAGUCGUCGUGUACUUUCGUUUUAAUUUUAUGAUAUAACAUUUUCUUAUGUAUGGAUGUGUAUGCUUUCUUUUUCGCCAUUGCAGUGAUUGAAUCAUCUGAAAGCCUCACUGAGAUCAAUAAACUAACAAUCUACUGCCGAGGAAGUCCUUGUUGGCUAGCGAC